CUCCAAGAAGAUAAACUUUCUUCACUUAACCCUGCAAGAUAGACUGAAACCAAUUUGCUAAUUGUCACUGUUAUGUUUCCUUCCCAAAGCAAUGGAGAACAUCACUAGAGCAAAUGAGUUUCUUUUGCUGGGACUGACCUGUAUUCAGGAGCUGCAGCCAGUAAUCUUCACGGUAUUCCUCGUUCUAUACCUGAUAAUUCUAUUUGGAAAUGGGGCCAUACUAGUGAUUGUUAUCUCAGAGCCAAGACUCCACUCCCCUAUGUAUUUUUUCCUGGGAAACCUUUCUUGUCUUGAUAUCUGCUAUUCCUCAGUGACACUGCCCAAGCUCAUGUCGAACCUCCUUUCCACUCGAAAGGCUAUCUCCUUCCCAGGCUGCAUCACCCAGCUACACUUCUUUCACUUCCUGGGCUGCACCGAGACCAUGUUGCUGACCAUCAUGGCCUUUGACCGAUUUGUGGCCAUUUGCUACCCACUCCGCUACAAGGUCAUCAUGAGCCCCCAGGUGUGCAUUCUGCUGGCAGGUGUGGCCUGGCUCACCAGCUUGUUUUACGCCCUGAUACAUUCAGUCAUGACUGCACGCCUGAACUUUUGUGGCUCUCAGAAGCUCAACUACUUCUUCUGUGAUGUCAAGCCUCUCUUGGAAUUGGCUUGUGGUGAUAAGCAGCUCAAUCAGUGGCUCAUUUUCAUUGUCACUUGCAGCCUAGCCAUGGCAGCUUGCUUCCUGACCCUCCUCUCCUACUUUUACAUUAUUGGCUUCCUUGUGUUCAAGCACCGGUCCUUCAGUGCACUCCACAAGGCUCUGCCCACUUGUGCCUCCCAUUUCAUGGUGGUUUGUCUCUUCUAUGGAACUGUGGGCCUUACCUACAUUCCCCCUACCUCCACCACCUCUGUGAUAAAGGGACGGUUUGUGGCUGUCAUACACACUACCAUUACCCCAGUGCUGAAUCCACUGAUAUACACGCUUAGGAAUAAGGAAGUGACAUUGGCUCUGAGGAAACUCUUUGGGAGGAAGCUGUUCUCUAAGGAUGGCUGGUGGCAAAACUAG